UUUUCAGUGUUUCCGAAAAUCGUUUGAGGGUUCGUCUAAAAUUUGUUUGAGGAGGAAAAAUUCGGCGUGGAAGUUCUGCAAAAAGCAGCGAAAAUGGCCUUACAAGCAUCAGAUGCCCAAAUUGCCCAAAUUCGCAAAGAGGUGUGGAACAAUCUUUAUGAUAAAGAUGAGUUGAUCAGCCCCACUUUGCCAUACAAACUUGUUCCUAUUUUCAAGGGUAUUGAUGCUGCAAUUGAAAAGCUGCUCGAGUUGGAUUUGAUAAAGAAGACAGACAAGUUGCUUCUCAGCAUGGAGAAGUUGUUGAAGGAUGUUCGUCUUAGAAUUUUGCAGGAGAAGUCUGUAAUGUAUGUGACAACAUACAAGUCAUCAAUGUCGACAGUGUGCAAAGUGGAUGCUCCUGAGAAAGCCAACUCUCGUUAUCUUAGACAGUGCUCCAAUUUGAUAAUGGGAGAUAGGAUUCAUCACAUAGCAGCCGGGGAAGUGAAAUUUGAUGUUUUGCUGGUUUCCUCCGUUGCCGUGUCUGAGUCAGGACAGAGAACCUGCAAGGAUGACAUACUUGGAGAGUUGGAGUUUGCCAUCCUAUCAUCGCUUGGAUUUGUGACUGAUGAUACAGUGGUGGUGACGUUGGUGCACGAUUGUCAGGUUUUCAGUAAGCUACCUGAAAGCAAGGGACCACAUGAUCUGCCUGUGGAUUUCAUUGUUACUCCUACUAGGGUGAUCCAAUGCCCAAAAUCAAGCAAGAAGACCGAGAUAUGCUGGUCGAUGGUGGCAGAGAGUCAAAUGGACAAAUUGUUCAUUUUGAAGAGUUUACGUUACAAUCAGUGGAAAAGUGGUAAGGAUGUUCGCCUCAUGGGAGAAACAGAAAAUCCGACAACCCUUGAGGAGGCAGUUGCCAUGGAAACCAACAAUGGGGCAGGUGGAAUGGGGAGGAGGCAGCAGCCGAGAGGUCGCAGGAUCAGCUACAGCGACAGGAAGGAUCAGAAGAAAAUGGAACGUAAACGAAAAACUUCAACAAAAGAGAAUGGUGACCUGGAUGGAGGGAAUGAGCAACAACAGCAGAUGAACAGGAGGCAGGGAGGGGGUGGCUUCAGGAGAGGUGCGAGAAGAUUCUUUGGCAGGCAGAGGAGGAGGGGGUACAACUCAUAUCGUGGUGGUGGUGGUGGUGGUGAGAACUUCAAGCCCGCCAUAUAUGUUGGGGAACUGCCAAAAGAGUGGACAGCCGAUGAAUUUUCUGAUUUCCUGUCCAAAAAGGAUGUGAAGGCGGCCAGUGUUGUUAAAAAGAAUGAAAUGACUCAUGCAUUUGCAAUCUUUGAUAACCUUGAGGACGUCAACAACUGUCUCAAACAUCUGGAUGGUCUGACCUUGGAGGACAGACCUCUGAAGGUGGAGAUAUCGAGGCAGACGGCCAGAUUGCAGAAGAGCACAGCCGGUGGAGACCAUCCCAAGGAGAAUGGUGCCUAGAAAUUAGUGAAUGGAGUUAUCAGGGAUUGCCUGCCCGUCAACCAACCAUCAGUCAGAUUGUGUCGUUCAGUUGUAUGCACGCACGUGUGCAUAACUUUUUGCUAUUCAGUUGUGUUUCAAUUAUAAUGACGAUGCGAUAAUUUUCAUUUUGAGUUAAUUGAUUAUUUUAUCAAUUAACUGGUUAUGCAAAUUAUCCUGUGAUAUAUGAAUGAUGAUGAUGAUGAUAGUUGUGCACGUAGAGUUGCAUAUGAUUGAAUUUAAUGUGUCUGUCUGAUUUGGUGCUUUGAAUUUGGUCGGUUAACUGGAUGGGCGUAAGAGGGCGUCCGUUGUAGUGCUAAAUUAUAGUAAUAAUAAUAAUUUUAAUAAUUGGAAGUAUGACAAAUGAUUUAUUUUAUAGUACGGAAUAGAUGAAUGUAACAAAAGUUGCUACUAGCCAUUGCGAGUGUGUGUGAGGUUUUUGACUGAGUAUGCAUCUAAGUAAACUUAUGGCGAGUUUGGAAUGUAUUUUAUUUUGAGUUUAAAAGGGUGUAAGUAAGAACAAAUGUGUCGAAGUUAAGAAUAAAAUAACAAUAAUUGAAGGAGAUUAAUUACAUUGCGUUAGUUGGGAAAAUUGUUAACAUUUGUAUUAAAAGCGGUUUUAUCAGUAAAAAGAAUAAAAUAAGGGAAGUUAUAAACGAAUAAAUGAUCAAUUACUUAAUGAAGGAAUAUUGAUUCAUUGCAUUGUUUGCCAUGCAUUUGUAACAAAAUUGAUCGCAAUUUCAUUUUGCAUCUGAUCAUUAAGAAGCAUCGGCAUCUUUUUAUUUAAUUUAUAUUUAUUAUUAUUCUAAUUGUAUUUGUGUUGAAUAUCAUUUUAUGGUGUCCUAAUUUGUUUUUUAUUAUGCAGUUAAGUUAUUUGCUUACUUUUUAAUUUAAGAUUUUUUUCAAGUACAAAUUUCAGUUAUUGCUUUCGAGUAAUUGAUGACUGCUGUUUGUGGCUUGUUGAAAUAAGUAGUACGUAAUUUAAGUGAAGAGAUUCUAUAUAACAUCCUUUAUUUUAUAUUUAUUAUUUUAUUUGUAAACUAAAAUUUUUUUUUCAUAAUUAUUGUUUCUUAAUUACCUUUUGAAUGUUUUUUAUUGUAUUACCUGGAGGUUCAAUAACAAAUUUAUGAUUCUCAAAUUUUUUCGUUUCAAUUUUAAAAAUUUUCUAUUCAUUUCAUCUGAGACAUGUCAUGGUUUAGUAAAUACCAGCAUUAAGUUAAUAAUUAUCAUCUGUAACAAGAAUGAUGCUGUUACAACAUCCUAAUAUAUUAAAUUUUUAUUUGGGAAAAUGUUUAUUAAAAGUAUUAAAAUCGUUAUUUUGUAUGCAAUUUGAUAGCAAUCGUUCGUUCUGUUGAAUUAUUAUUAUUUUGAAAUAAAUAAAAUUAUAUUGUUAGUCAUCAUAAUAACAUGUACAGCUGACGCUUAAUGUUGGCUACUUGCUACCGAAGUAAGUCUGUAUGCAUGUGUGAGAGUUAUUUAGAAAUCUUAUGAAUUGAGUUAAAUGUUAUAUAUCAUCACUUCUGCUAUGCUAAAAAUAAUAUCAUAUUUUUUAAUUUACUCGUCAGAAAAUUGUCUUUAUUUUAUUUAUUAAUCAUUAAUCGUUUUAUUUUUAAAUUAAUUUAUUUGGAUUGCAAAUAUGUACGUGGGACGUGCGUGUUGUUCAUUAUCUUCAAAUUUGUAGGUUCUUUUUCGUAAUGAUUGUAAUAGUCCUUUUUAUGAUGUUUUCUAUGUUAAGUUUAUAUUUAAUUCAAGUGACCUUACGUAACUAAUGUUAGCCAGCUGCUAUAAAUCAAUGAUCACUUACCGGCUUUUGUUAUCAUUUUAAAUUAAGGAUGAAAUGAAAGGUUUAUAUGUUCUAAAAGGGAUUAAAUUAAGUUGUUUAAUUUGAAGCAAAUGUACGAUGUUGAUGUUUUUUAUGGCGUGUUGCUAUUGCAUGUUCAGUUGUCAUGCAAUGGGGAUGGCAAUGUAAUGAUUGUGAUCAUCAUUUUCUUAUAACGGUACGCGUGUCUGUUUAGUUCAAUAGGAGUUUCAAUUUCACCAUUCUUUUCUUUCUCGUUUUAAGUUGCUUGAAUGAAUUUUUUCAUGUUAUGCUUCUCAAUUGUCGAAGUACUAAUAAAAUUUGUUUCUUUUUA